UGUUCUGUGGGCUGUGUCACCUAACUGCAAGAGUAAUUUGCUUGUGGAUUGUAUAAUUAAUUUGAUCUGCGACAAGUCAUUUUAGUUGAAUAUUUGGUUACGUAAGGCUGCUGUUCUAAUUGAAGGGCCUGGGACUUGAUCUCCAGAAAAGAAAGAGGAACAGCUGUUGACUUUAAAUGUAAUGCUUUAGAGCUAUAUGGACUUGCCAUAUGACAUGGAUUUCUUUCAGGAUUUUGCAUAUAAUGAUUCAGAAUUCAUGAUCAUGUGGUUUUUCGGUCUGGGAAGGUUGUUUUGCUCUCAUAAACUUAAAUACGUGUCUUAUUUUGCUGUUUGAGCAAGCGUAUCCAUCGAGUAUGAAGAAAGGGGAACAAGGAAGAUUUAGGACUCUCUUUGUCUUCGCUGCUGUAUGUGUUUUGGUUGCUCCAUUUGUGUUAACUUGUUUUGAGCGAUCGCAAUUCACUUCUACCUUCUCAGAGCGGAUAAAUAAAACAUGUCAAGCUCUAUGUUCAAGGCUUCAUCCUUUUCCGUUGAUGGACUUAAAUCACUCGCCACUUGGUGGAGGACAGUUUAGUCUCCCUGCUUGUGUUAGAAAAGAAGAAUGCAGCUGCUUGAUUCAGUUCGAUCUUUUAUUUAUUUCAUAGGGUACAUGUCUGUUUUGAUUUAAGCUCACAGUACAUCAAAUAGUAAGAGCCUUUGGAAGAAGUGGAAUAAUUUACAGAUGAGAUUAUUACUAUUCUACGUUAACGAGUUUCCGAAAAAUGAUCUGUUGGCUCCUUCCUUGGGGCGUAUUAGCUGUGCUUUUAGUCUGAAAAUCUCGUAGAACUCAGAUUUCAUGACAUGCUUAACUGAAUAACACGACAAUGUCAUGCCUGCCGUCCUGAGGUUUUGAAUCCUUUGUGGUAGUGUUCAUCUUGCUCUUUGUAUGUAAAACAGUUAACCCAGGUGCAUGGAUACAAAUACAGAUUCAUUUGAGGCUUUAGUUUUUAUUUCCUAUGUGGAUGCAUGCCAAAUUAUGGGCUCGAAGCACCUGAUGAGCCUCAAGGCCUUGGUAUGAAGUUGUUGAGGUUAUGGAACAGCUGCAGCUGGUAUACUGUUGUGCUUGAGUCCCAUGGUCCAUGACUUUAUGGUACUGAUCAAGUUAUAACAGUGUCAUGUGCUAUGCCUUUCUUACUCGUGCUUUUCAGUGAUCCUUUACAUGACUUCAGAGAAAGAACUUAUCUGCUGAAAGCUGUUUCCUGGAGCCUGUUGACUUCCAUGCUUUCUUAUUUCAACUUGGUUUUUUGAAUAUUGCUACUGCUUAUGCUGUCAUCUUUGUCUAUUUUCUCUGAGGUGUUCUUAACUGGAAAUCAUGCAGCUGAAACUUAUGGUAAUCUGAUUAUGGAAUUUAUAUCCAGGCUAGCUUAAAUGUGAGAUGAAUGUGUGAACCUCCACGAUCAAGUGUAAAUGACAAGAUGUAGUGUAUUUUGGACUAUGAUAUUUGUAAAUGUGGUUCUGUAGAGAUGUGACAUUUUUAGCUUUGCACGGCAAGCAAAACUUGUGGGCCAUGGAUUUGUAAUCAGCCAGUGGUUUUGGUCGUUUUCUGUUACUACUGCUGCCAAUGGACGCAAUGGAAUGCUGGAUUAUGUAAGACAGACAGUCCAGAAAGUUGGUUAACCUGAGAUAAGAUCAAUGUGACAAGAAGAAAUAUAAUUAUUUUUUGCUUAAAGUUGCAGUAUGGAAGUGUCAAGAAACUCUGAGGAUUUCUCUGAGCUAUCUUUUGGUGUGAAACUUGUAUAGUGUCGCUUGCUGUUUCUUUUAACUCAAUUUUUUGGAUAAGCAUGGUGUUUCUUGACUCGUACUGUUAUAUGGCUGGAGUGUGUGUGAAUUGAGUAGGAUGUGACACUAAACCUCAGUACCAGCAACCAUCUUUUAAUCCAGAGAGACUAGGAAAAUUAUCAGCUUGUAAUUUUUCGGUUAAUGAUGAAGUUAGAGAUCUUCAUCUGUGAGUUUCAAGGCUUGAGGUAACUUAAAUAGAUUCGAUGCAAAUCUGCUGUUCUGCGGAUUCUUCUAUACAUGUCAUGCUGGAAAGAGAUACUGGCCGCCCCCGUGGAUUUGGGUUUCUGACUUUUGCAGAUCGCCGUGCAAUGGAUGAUGCAAUCAGGGAAAUGCAUGGUAGGGAAUUUGGUGAUCGUGUCAUCUCAGUCAACAAGGCACAACCUAAAAUGGGGGGUGAUGAUUCAGAUCAUGGCUAUGGUGGGGGUUAUUCAUCAGGUGGCAGGGGCAGCUAUGGUGGAGGAGAUAGGUCAGUUGGACAAGAUGAUUGCUUCAAGUGCGGUCGUCCUGGGCACUGGGCCCGAGAUUGUUCCUCGGCAGGUGGUGGCCGUGGUCUACGUCCAAUGUCACCACCGCGUUCUAGGUUUGGUGGUCGUGGAGACCGCUAUGGAGGUGACCGUGAUCGUUUCAUAGAUGAUAGGUAUGAUAGAGGACGUCAUGGAGACAGGGAACGUUUUGACAGCAGAGAUGACCGCUAUGUGAGUAGGGGUCGGUAUGUUGGUGACAGGUAUCCUCCUGGUGGAGACCGAUUUGUGGCUGAUAGGUUUGGGGGUUCAGACCGCUUUCCUCAAAAUGGGUAUGGGAAAGACAGAGGAUAUGAUAGGGAUGAAGGUCCUAGAGGUAGUAGUGACAGAUAUGGAGUUGGAGGGCCAGCACGUUACGAUGGAAGAAGCUACAGAGACAGGCCAGGUCCUUAUGACCGCCCUAGGAGGGGAGGACGGCCCCCUUCCUUUGAUCGUUAUUGAAAUAUGACUUGUUUGUGCAAUUUGGUAAAUUUGUUGAAUGUUGCUAUCUAGAAUGGUAUUUGGACUGAUGCUGUCUUAGAUAAGCCUGGUAGCCUUGUAAUAUUCCUGAACGGGUGAUUGGAUAAUACUCUGCCGCUGUCUGCUUGUUUUUCCAUUGACCAUCUAAAUUCGUGGAAUGAGUUAUUGAAGCAGUUAGGGAAGUAAUAGAUCAUAUCUUUGGCCAGGUACC